AUGAAGUUCUCCGCUGUUGCCGCUCUCGCCGUCGCCGCUCUGGCCAACGCCCAGAGCCUCAGCGACAUCCCCAGCUGCGCUCGUCCCUGCAUUGACAACGCCGUCAAGGAGAACACCCAGUGCUCCACCACCGACAUUCCCUGCGUCUGCAAGAACUUCGACGCCGUCCAGGGCCCCGCCACCAGCUGUGUCCUCAAGGCGUGCGGCCAGGAUGUCGCCCUGACCAAGGUCCUGCCUGCUACCCAGGCCCUCUGCAAGAACGCCGGCAGCGGCGGCAGCCAGUCUUCCGCUUCGCCCUCUGCCCCGGCCUCUGCCUCUCCCUCUGCUCCGGCCUCUCAACAGCCCUCUUCUGCCCAGCCCUCGCAGCCGGCCCAGUCUUCUGAGCCCGCUGAGCCUUCCGAGACGGACGAGCCCUCCCAGCCCGCUGAGACCUCCGGAUCCGCCCAGCCCACGCAGCCCGGCCAACAGACCACCAAGUGCGACACCACCCUGGUGCCCACCGCUGCCCCUACUGCUCCCUCCAACGGCACCGUCCCCACCGCUCCCAUCGUCACUGCCGGGGCUGCCGGUGUCGUCCCCGCUGGCGGCCUGGCCAUCCUGGCUCUCGGUGCUUUCCUUCUGUAA